GACGUUUAUAACAAAGUCAAAAAGAAAAGAUAAAAAGAAAGCUGGACAGACACCUUUCAGUUAUUCAACUAUGGGCUACUAUUGUUAUCUCUUUCAGAUUUAUCUCGUAUUUGCUUUGGUACUGUAGGGGGAAUGGCGCUGAUCACGAGCCUUAUUACAUCAAACCUAAACAAGAACUUAACAAAAUGAGUGGGGAAAGUGAAAAACGCUUCACCGUACGAGAGACGAUAGAAUUAUUGCAAGCGGAAAAGCAGGAUGUUUUAGUAAGUCCGAAACAGCAUGCUGCCAAGCAAAAACCUGCAAUACCCAUGAGAAGAGACAGUUUCAGAAGACGACAAGCUAUUUCGUACCCCUCAGAUAUCAGUAAAAUUAAAGAGAACGAGACUUCAGAAGAUACAAAGCCAUGUCAUGAGUACAAACCAUCGAAACCGGUUUCACAGUUGAAAUCCAAUGAAAAUGAUAAAGAUGUAACUUCUACGAUAGAAGAGCUACAUCCUGAUGUUUCAGCAGAAGUGAACAGCAUUCAGUCUACAAAUGAUGAUACAACGAUUGAAAAGGUGGAUCAGAAUUCCACUUUGAUAACAAAGACAUUUGGAGAAAGCCCAUCAAAUAUAACGUCAAGGUCAUCGUUCUUAACAGAAAUUUCCAAAAUAGACUUCCUUUUGAUUGGUAAAACAGGGAAUGGCAAAAGUGCUCUUGGGAACACUAUUUUAAAACAAAAUGUCUUUCGAAGUCUCAAUUCUUCUUCAUCUGUCACCAAGGAAGUUACUUCAGCAAAAGCUUAUAUUUUAGACAAAACUGUCUCUGUUUUCGACGCCCCUGGUUUUGGUGAUACAGAUGGCGACCAGACAGUAUCAAAUAAACUCGUUUUAGACUCCCUGACCGCUGCCAUCUCGGCGAACCCUGACGGUUAUCACGCCUUUCUUCUGGUUUUAAGAUUCGGGGAAAGGUUCAAAAAAGAAGACGAAGAGACUAUUGUGUUCUUAAAGAGUAUUUUUGGAGGAGAUUUUAUCAGAAAAUUUUGCAUACUGGUGAUGACUUUUGGAGAUCAUUUCGAGAAAGAUAAUCAAGAGGCCUCCCUUCAAGAGUGGCUCUCAAAACAAAAAGGUCGUUUGGCGGACCUUUUGAAAGAAUGCAACAAUCGGGUAGUUUUAUUUGACAACAAGACUACAGAUGAGUUGAAACAGGAAAGGCAACUUAAGCAGCUUUUUAGCUUUGUUGAAGAUUUAGUUCUAGAAAAUUGCAGGUAUACCAAUAAUCUUUUUGAUAUGGCGAAAUCAACAAGAAAUAAAAUUUUGAUGGGAUCUAAUAUCUCGACUUAUGAACAGCGAUAUAAUGCUAUUCUUCUUAAUUUAAAAGCAAUCCAGAAAGAAGAAAAACUCAACUGCGAUACGACUUUAUUAAAGUCCAUGCUCCAAACCUGUCAAGAGGCGCUUCAAAAUCUUAAUGAGGACAACAGAGAAUAUGGUUGUCUGCAGGAAAUAAUUAAUCAAUUUAAGUAUUUAGAAGAAGCAGUCAACGCUGAGAUAGAUAUCCGAAAUAGGUUGUCUGCAUAUAAAUGUGAAAAUGAUUUAGUUCAAGCAAUUCGUAAAUCACGUGAUCAACUGGCUAAAAUGCAAUACCAAGAUUUAGCUAAACGCCUUGAAAAAGAGAAGAUGGAAUAUGAAGAGCUUUACAAACAAGAGCGAAAAAAUGUUACAGAACUAGAAAACAAAAUUAGAGAUUUAUAUAAGAAGCCGAUGGCCCAAAUAAUUAAAAGUAAACUUGACUCUUAUUUUAAAAGCAGCUGAAUUUGUAAUUAGUAAAUCGAUGACAUAGAAGAAUACAAUAGUAAUAUAUGCUACUUAGACAAGUUCUGACGAAAUUCAUUACUGAAAAAUUCAAUAUAAAGAACAAAUAUUAUAAAUGGACAUAGCUAAUGCCUUUAAAGUAUAAAUAAUUGGGGAUUCCUUCGGGAGAUUUAGAGAGCACUGCGACACAAGAUGUCGCCACUGCAUAAAGGAGGAGGAAACUGUGAACCAACCAUGAAUCUUUAUGAAUGCCACGUGUGAACGAAGAGCGAAGGGAACAAUGAAAUGAGAGAGAGAGACAAUUGGUCGGUGUGUACGGCAACGAGGCUAUCCUUGUACGGGGCAAGGCGACCUUAAGACUCACUACCCACUUUCUUUCACAAGCUCUAGAGGAGCAAUUUCAGCCUGACCUCUAAAGGUGACACUGAAGGGAAAUAGCAUCAAUUCUUUCUUUCCUUGUGGUACAAUAAUAAAUUAUGUGAUAUUGUU